AUGAAUGACCAUCUCUUACCCAAUAUCACACUGGGAUUGGAAAUCUAUGACAAUGUUUUCAAUCCGCUGAGAGCCGUUGGGAACACUCUGCAGUUCCUCUUCACAGGGCAGGGGAAUCCCUUCAAUUACAACUGUGACGGGAAGCAGCAGCUAGUCCUUGCCAUUGGUGGGCUCACCUCCCCAAAUUCCAUGCAGAUGGCCAGUGUCUUCAAUACCUACAAGAUCCCACAGCUUCAUGCUUUUCUGAGCAAUAUCCAUUUCAACAAUAGUGCUGGGGAAGAAAUCUUUUUUGAUGAGGAAGGGAGCCUGCCAUCAGGAUACGAUAUCAUCAACUUGGUCACAUUCCCCAAUGACACCUUCCAGAAAGUCCAAACUGGAAGGAUGGAUCCCCUGGCUCGUGAAGGAAAAAGGUUCACCAUGAAUGGAAGUGCUACGGUAUGGAACCACAAGUUUAAAGAGUCUCAGAUUGAGGACUCCAGCAAUGCAGACCAGUGUGAGAUGUGCCCAGAAGAUCAAUGUCCAAAUGAGAAACAGGAUCAAUGCAUCGCCAAAACGAUGACCUAUUUAUCCUAUGGAGAACCGUUGGGAGCAGUUUUGAUUUCUUUUGCUCUUUUGUUUUCCCUGAUCACCUUUGCUGUGAUUGGGAUCUUUGUUCUGCUCUCCAAAACUCCCAUUGUGAAAGCCAAUAACUGGAGCAUUACUUGUACCCUUCUCUCCUCUCUGCUGCUUUGCUUUCUCUGCUCCUUCCUAUUCAUUGGUCAGCCUAGGAAGGUGACCUGUCUCCUCAGACAAACCGUGUUUGGCAUCACCUUUACUGUCGCAAUUUCCUCUGUGUUGGCCAAAACCAUCACUGUUGUUCUGGCCUUCCUGGCCACCAAGCCAGGAAACAGGAUGAGGAGAUGGAUAGGGAAGAGGCUGGCAGUAUCGGUCAUCAUUCUCUGUUCACUUAUUCAAAUUGGCAUCUGUGCUGUGUGGCUGGCAAACACUCCCCCUUUCCCAGAGUUUGACAUGCACUCUCAGAUCAGUGAGAUCAUUGUGCAAUGCAAUGAAGGCUCAAACACCAUGUUCUACAUCGUCCUGGGCUACAUGGGUUUUCUGGCCAUCAUCAGCUUCACUGUGGCCUUCCUUGCGAGAAAGUUACCAGAUAGCUUUAAUGAAGCCAAGCUGAUCACCUUCAGCAUGCUGGUCUUCUGCACUGUUUGGAUUACUUUUGUCCCAAGCUACUUGAGCACCAAGGGGAAAUACAUGGUGGCUGUGGAAGUCUUCUCCAUCAUGGCCUCUAGUGGUGGACUGUUGAGUUGUAUCUUCCUCCCCAAAUGCUACAUUAUUAUUCUUAGACCUGAUCUGAACACCAGAGAGCAACUAGUAAGGAAACAAUAUUGA